AUGGUGUGGGAUGCUGCUGCCAAGGCUAAUGGUGUCUCAUUCAACGACAUGCUGCUAAAGGGUACGGAUCUACUGGUUUCGCUUGUGGAGGUGUUGCUGCGGCUUAGGGAAGGCAAGAUCGCAGUGUGCUCAGAUAUCCGAGAAAUGUUCUUGAGGAUUCUGAUUCGUGAGGAGGAUAAGUGGUCCCAAUGUUUUCUAUGGCGCGCCAGUCCGGAAGAUGAAGUGCAAAUUUUUGUUAUUAACGUCGCCAUGUUUGGGGCAACUAGUUCUCCCUGCACAGCACAGUUCGUAAAGAACAAAAACGCACUUGAUUACGCAGAACUCUACCCCAAAGCGGUAGAUGCGAUUGUUAAGAACCACUACGUCGAUGACUUUCUCAGCAGUGUCAAUUCUGUGGAGGAAGCCGUACAGCUCGUCCGGCAAGUGCAGCUAAUACACGCAGCCGGUGGAUUCGAGUUCAGGAAAAUUCUAUCCAGCUCACAGGAGGUGCUCGAUCUACUCGGGGAGACUGGUACGUCUGACAGCAAGUCACUCAAUUCAAGGAAGGAACGGGUCUACGAGCGAGUCUUGGGCGUGGUAUGGGUUCCCAGGGCGGAUCACUUCACUUUCGACCGAACAGGGCUGGAAGGAAUUUUAGAAGGCGGAAUGAUUCCAACGAAGCGCCAAGUUUUACGCACAGUUAUGAAAUUAUAUGAUCCGGUGAGAUUCGUAGCGCACUUUGUAGUGCAAGGAAAAAUAUUAAUGCAAGAAAUCUGGCGAACGGGUACUAACUGGGACGAGCCCAUAUCAGAGUCUUUACACAACCUGUGGAGUAGGUGGAUCGAGGUGUACCUGACGAUCAGCGAGGUGAGGGUUUCCCGAUGCUUUCUUGGUCAUCUUUUGCCGGAGGAAAUCGACGAAAUCGAACUUCAUGUGUUUACGGACGCGAGCGUAGCGUCCUGUGCUUGUGUGGCCUAUCUGAGGAUGUCGUAUAGCGGAGGCGGAUGGUGUUCGCUGGUUGCAGCAAAGACAAAGGUUGCGCCACUUCGGGCGCUCUCAAUCCCCCGCUUGGAGCUUGAGGCUGCCAUGAUGGGAUCACCCUUUUGCAGAAAAUUCGUACGGCACUUACCCUCAACAUUCGAAGACACUUCCUGUGGACGGAUUCAGCUACAGUGCUCGCAUGGCUCCGCUCAGACAGUCAUCGAUAUCACCAAUUCGUUUCUUUCCGGGUUGGAGAAAUUCUUUCGCUCACCAGCGUGGACGAAUGGCGCUAUGUGCCAUCGAAGCUCAAUGUUGCGGACGACGCCACAAAGUGGGACUCGGGACCCUCAUUUGACCCAGAAAACCGUUGGUACCAGGGACCACCGUUUCUACGAAACCCAAAAGAGCAGUGGCCUGGGCAGUCAGUAG